AUGUCUUCCAACCCUCCAUUUGGGAACGAACUUUUGGGGUUUGUCAAGAUGAAUCAUCUAUGGACACGCCGCACCGGGUUCUGUCACUUCAUUGUUACCUUCACUGCCGAAGGCGAACCUAUGCAGGAAGCCAAAGAGGCAUCUCGAUUGGUCGAAAUGGUACAAAGCUGUACGAUAUGGGAUCGUCUAGGAUGUCAGCUACAGUACUGCGGUGAUGCGCUGACGCAGUCGCCCUCGGGAUUGGUAUUUUCCAUGCAGCACAACGAUCUCUCCUCUGCUCUGGUCGCGCCCUCCGGAGCCCUUACAGCCGAAUUUCGAUCGUUGCAAUGCUCCAUAAAUGUAUCGGCGAGGAACCAUCAAUCAAACGGAGACCACCGAGAGCGAAAGAAACGAAAAGUCGCAUGCCAGGAUGCCAAGGCAGAGGGAAAGCACUUCGACAUGGCUUCCGAGGAGGACGACUCCUUCUUCCAGGCUCUUGCACCAUCUGACCGCCAGGCAAUCGACAAUUUCUGUCUGAUCAUGAACUUUAAUCACGACGACAAGAAGGACGCAAUCCAUUCGGCGCUGUUUAGGCGAGGGCCGAGCCCCAACAAUGUCCAAAUAUUGGUUCAUGCAUCCCUGAGCAUGCUCGUGUCGGGACACAAAGGGCAGCACAGAGGAGUCACAGUCCUUGAGAGCAAUCCACACUGUUCACUUAUUUCCCUGGCUCCGGGAGUAUUCCACGUCCCUUACCUGACGGCUGUUUCCGAUCGCGCGAAAUUCCUGCCCAUUAUCGCUACAUCUCUAGCUCGAAUGCGGAAUGCAGAGUCACCUAUUCUGAGGCAAAAGAUGGCAGCAUUACUAGAGACAGGCACAGGAGCGGUGGAGGGAGGGGACAUGAACCCGAUUUUCACACCAACCGCAGAGCGCAUUACGAGGUCCAUCGAACGAAGUUUUUGGGUCGUCAUCGUAUCGACAAUCAAGCCACCACCACUCCCCAAGAAGCAUAUGACAGUUCCACGAGCGUCUGAGGUAUCCCCGCAUGACGCAGCGAGCGAGACGGGAUUCGAAUGGCCCCAGAUCGGCACUGGCUUGCCAACAUUGGUUACAUACUUCGGAGAAAAUGAGCAUGGAAUGUUUCUGGAACAAGACUCUUCGCCGGGCUCAGCCCUUGCGAACGCUUUUGUUGAUCACAGCCACCCACCAUCCUUUUGCUCGAGUGCUUCCGAAUCACAGUCAAGCUUCUCAAGCGAGUCCUAUGAUAGUCCAGUUUCGCAAGAGAUUUCCAAUCAUCAGCAACGAGCGGCAGACUUUGUUCCCAGUCAACCGUACCACCACCUCGAGCAUUCACACACGCCGGAAGCAACUUUUAUGAAUGUCGACGUUGGAUAUAUUCCAGAAAAAGCUGGAAACGAAUUGCCAUUUGCGUACCCCGCCAUCUAUACGACAGUUGAUCAAUGUAUGUAUCCAAACGGAGUAUGA